UGCAUUUAUUGGCAAGAAUGAAUACUGUAUUUUCAAUUUUUCAUCUGGUCAUUCUAGCAGGUGCUGCGUGGGCCUCUUUUGAUGAAACACGUCUGGUUAAAACCCUCUUCACUGGUUACAAUAAGGUGGUCCGUCCUGUCAAUCACUUCAAGGACCCGGUGGUUGUUACUGUGGGCCUUCAGCUCAUCCAGCUCAUCAGUGUGGACGAGGUCAACCAGAUCGUCAGCAGCAAUGUGCGACUGAAACAGCAAUGGAAAGAUGUGAACUUGCAGUGGAACCCGGAGGAUUACAGUGGAAUCAAAAAGAUCAGAGUUCCCUCCACUGACAUUUGGCGGCCUGAUCUGGUUCUCUACAACAAUGCUGACGGAGACUUUGCCAUCGUUCACGAGACCAAAGUGCUGCUGGAGCACACAGGAAUGAUCACAUGGAACCCGCCUGCCAUCUUCAAGAGCUACUGUGAAAUCAUCGUGCUGCAUUUCCCCUUUGACCUCCAGAACUGCAGCAUGAAGCUGGGUACCUGGACCUACGAUGGAAACUUGGUCGUCGUCAAUCCUGACAGUGACCGCCCUGAUCUGAGUAACUUUAUGGAAAGUGGGGAGUGGGUAAUGAAGGAUUUCCGCAGCUGGAAGCACUGGGUGUACUACGCUUGCUGCCCAGACACACCUUACCUGGACAUCACCUACCACUUCCUCAUGCUGCGGCUCCCGCUGUAUUUCAUCGUCAACGUCAUCAUCCCCUGCAUGCUCUUCUCCUUCCUGACUGGUCUUGUCUUCUAUCUUCCUACAGACUCUGGUGAGAAGAUGACUCUCAGCAUAUCUGUCUUGCUGUCUCUGACUGUGUUCCUGCUGGUCAUUGUUGAGCUGAUCCCCUCUACCUCCAGUGCUGUACCGCUCAUUGGGAAGUACAUGCUCUUCACCAUGGUCUUCGUCAUUGCCUCCAUCAUCAUCACUGUCAUUGUCAUCAACACCCACCACCGCUCCCCGAGCACUCACACAAUGCCGGACUGGGUCCGCACGGUCUUUAUUGAAACCAUUCCCAACAUCAUGUUCUUCUCAACAAUGAAACGCCCAGGAAAAGAAAAGCAGACCAAAUCUAGUAUCUAUGGUGCUGAUUUUGACAUCUCAGACAUCUCUGGCAACCAGACCUCUUCUGUUACCUACCAGUCACCCAUCACCAAGAACCCUGACGUCCGCAGUGCCAUUGAAGGAGUCAAGUACAUCGCAGAAACCAUGAAAUCAGAUGAGGAAUCCAACAAUGCGGCUGAAGAGUGGAAGUUUGUGGCCAUGGUGUUGGAUCAUAUUCUGCUGUGUGUGUUCAUGGCUGUGUGUCUGAUCGGCACAUUAGGCGUGUUCGCAGGCCGUCUCAUUGAGCUGAGCAUGCUCUAAAGGCUUGCACCGUAUCAGAUUUGUUGCUCAAUGUGAAACUUCCGACCUUUGUUUUUUAAUCUACGGCAUGUUGCCCAGCAGCAUUCACGCUGCAUGUGAAAAUCUCUGUUUGCUCUUUAGAGUAUCGGUCCUAUUUGGGAUUGUAAAAGAGCAUGGUGUUUACAGUGUCCUCAGCAUAUUUUAUGACAAAACUGUUGUUUUUCUGCUUUUUUAAGGAAUAUAUGUGUGUAAUUGAAAUGUUGAAUUCAUUCAAAAGAAAACUUCCUUGACAUGUUUAUA